AUGGUUAACAAAAGGUGGAGUGCUGAGGAAGAAUAUGCUCUUCUCGAUUACCUGUCUACACAUUUAGAUGAGUACACGAAAGGAGUCAAGUCGAAGUUCUACGAAGCUGCUCUUACAGUGCUCCCGCAGAAGUCAGCAACGCAAGUUAAGACCAAAUGCACGGACCUCGAAAGCACCAACAAAAGUUACAAGACUAAACUCAGUCGCUCUGGCUUUGGUUUGAAAACUACUGAUCCUACGUCUAUCAAAGACAUGCUACUCAAGAAAUGCAAGUACUUCUAUGAGAUGGACGAAAUCUUUGGUUCGAGACACAACAUGGUCCCUCCGUUUGUGCUAGAGCCGAAUGCUGCUGUGCUGAAUGGACAGGUUUACACUAGGUCCAACACUACCGUCACGACGCAGACACCAGCAAUGGUCAGCACCCCCACCGUCAGCACCUCCCCGUCCCCAGCAGUGGCCAUUGCCAGCAUUGUCAGCAGCCCGCCGACGCCAGCAGCAGCAGCAGUCAUCAGCACACCAGCAGCAGCUGAUAGCAGUACGCCGGCACUAGCACCAGGAGAGAGUAUGAAUGUGUCGGAAUACUUUCCUGCCAACAGCUUGCUUACCAUACGGUCGCCAACGGCUAAGAUAAGCAGCAAGCGUGUCUAUAACGAUUCGCCGGGAUCGUCUAUCGCUAAGCUCCUUGCCCAGAUUCGUGACGAGCGUGACACGACCCGAGCAGAACGCCACAACGAGGAAAUGUUGAUGCGUAGAGAAGAGCUGGAACUGAAAAGGCACCAGUUCGAGGCAUACAAACUUGAGUUGAAACUUAAGGAACAGAAGAUGGAACGCAUGUUUUCAGUUAUGACGCAGAAGUUGGACUUGCAAGCCAAGAAGAUGGAGAUUGAGUUGCUGAAGUUGCGUACUACUUCUACGCAAGAUGAAUAA